GCACAUAAAAGAGAAAUGGACUGGAAGGAUUGUGGAUCGGAUUCAGCCGCGGUUGCCAUGGAAACAAUCAAGCGCAUCCUGUCAACACCUGUAGCUCAGAGCUCAGUGAAGACGCCCAUCACCUGCAGGAGUCUGUUAAACUUCAUCAGCACAGAAACGAUGGAGGAAUAUGAAGCAGAGGAGAAGACAAACAGCAGUAAAAUGAGCUCAUCAGCAGAGAAACAAACAAGCAAAAACUUAGCUGGACCUCAUGAUGAGGGUGAGGAGAGUUUCAUAGGAGGACAAAUGGAUCCACAUCAGCGAGCGGACACUGUGAAGAAAACACAUCACUGUGACCAGUGUCAGAAGAGCUUCUCUUCCUCAGCAUAUUUGAAGUAUCACCAACGUAUCCACACUGGAGAAAAACCUUACACCUGUGACCAGUGUGGUAGAAGUUUCACUCAAUCUGGAGAUUUAAAGAAACAUCAGCGGCUCCACACUGGAGAAAAGCCUUACACCUGUGACCAGUGUCAGAAGAGCUUCUCUUCCUCAGCAUAUUUGAAGUAUCACCAACGUAUCCACACUGGAGAAAAGCCUUACACCUGUGACCAGUGUGGUAGGAGUUUCACUCAAUCUGGAGCUUUAAAGAAACAUCAGCGGACUCACACUGGAGAAAAACCUUACACCUGUGAGCAGUGUGGUAGAAGUUUCACUCAAUCUGGAGAUUUAAAGAAACAUCAGCGGACUCAUACUGGAGAAAAGCCUUACACCUGUGAGCAGUGUCAGAAGAGCUUCUCUUCCUCAACAUAUUUGAAGUAUCACCGACGUAUCCACACUGGAGAAAAGCCUUACACCUGUGAGCAGUGUGGUAAGAGUUUCACUCAACUUGGAGCUUUAAAGAACCAUCGGCGCACUCACACUGUAGAAAAGCCUCCCAGCUGUGAGCAGUGCAGGAAGUUUCAUUUGAUGGGACACUUUAAAGAAACAUCAGCACACUCACACUGUGUAGAGAGUGCACUUGAACUGUCUGGAUCUCUUAGCUGUUAAAAGAUGACACGUGAUUUGUAAAACUUGUCAUGAAAAUGUUUCAAUAAUAUUCACAUGCAUGCAA